AUGAAGGCUCCCGGAGCAAUGAGUUCAACAAAUGGUGAUGCUUUCAUACCAGAAACUAGUUUUGAUGUAGAGCUUUACCAACCAGAACUAGGCAUGGUUCCAUGUGUUAGCGAGCCUGGUCAUAUGCCACACGAACCUGAUUCUCUGGGUGCUACUAAUGCAAUGAAAGGUAAAAUAUUUGAACUUCUGAUAAAGUUGGAUGAAUCAAAAGCUGAGCGGGAAAGCCUUGUAAAGAAAAUGGAGCAGAUGGAGUGCUACUAUGAAGCUCUUGUUCAGGAGCUUGAGGAAAACCAAAGACAGAUGCUGGAAGAAUUGCAAAGUCUCAGAAGUGAGCAUUCUUUUUGCUUGUAUAGGGUGCAGUCCACUAAGUCUGAGAUGGAGAGUAUGCUCCUAGAUAUGAAUGAGGAGAUCUUGAGAUUUUCAGAAGAAAAGCAAAAUUUGGAAUCUCUAAGCAAGGAACUGGAAAGAAGGGCUAUUAUUGCGGAAGCAGCACUCAAAAGGGCACGUCUUAAUUAUUCAAUCGCGGUGGGUCAGUUGCAAAAGGAUCUUAUGCUGCUUUCUUCCCAGGUUAUGUCUGUGUUUGAGAGAAAUGAGAAUUUCAUCAGGAAAGCUUUUGUAGGUUCUUCACGAUCAAACUCCCUAGAACACUUGGAGAUGAUGCAGAGUCAUGGACUGGAUUCAGAAGAAUAUCAAUCCACCAAGCCCUUGCAUUGUCAAAAUCAGGAUUUAGGGGUCAAUAAACAACAGUUGGGUGGAGAUAUUCUUUUAGAGGACUUGAAAAGAUCCCUCCAUUUGCAGGAAAGCCUUUAUCAGAAGGUUGAAGAAGAAGUCUAUGAAAUGCAUUGCCAAAAUGUAUACUUGGAUCUGUUUUCAAAGACUCUACAAGAAACUUUGCUUGAAGCAAGUGCUGAUAUUAAACCUAUUAAAGAGAGGAUAGAUGAGCUUGCACGACAGUUGGAACUGUCAGUUGAGUACAAGGAGUUAUUAAUGCAAAAGCUUGAAACAGCUAUGAAUGAUGUUCAUUCCCUUAAUGAGUACAAGGCUACUUGCAUUGCCAAGUAUAAUGACAUUGUUCUGCAAAAACAAACUUUGGAAGCAAAUGUAGAAAAUGUCACCCAUGAAAAUCAUCUUCUCUCUGAGAAGAUAACUGACUUGGAGUCCCUCUUGAUGGAAUACAAAUGUUACAAGAGCAAAUAUGAUGCCUGUGUCUUGGAGAAAACAAAGUUGGAUAAUUUAUUGGAGGAAACCAGGAAACAUGGUAAUCUUCAAAAUAAUAACUCUUCUUUGCAGGAGGAGUUGAGAAUGAUCAAAACUGAGUUUGAUGAAUUGGUUGUUGUGAAGAAAAAUUUGCAGAAUACGGUUGACUUUCUGCGAAACAGGUUACUGAAGUUAUUAUCAUCCUAUGGCAAGUUUUUUGAUGAUCUGUUCCUCUCAAGUUGCUUGGUUGAUCAGGAUAUCGAGUCCAAGGGCUUGACAUCUGUCAUGAUGCGGUUAGAAGAGGUCCAGGAUAUCAUGCAUGAAAAAUUUCUUCAUCUCUUAGAGGAAAAGAAAGAUCUGAAGGGCGAACGAGAUAAGGCUCAGAUGUCUCUAAGUGUGGUAGAAUCAGACAUGGUGCUAAUGAAGCGGAAGUUUGACCAUGAUAUAGAAUUCAUGGUUGAGAAAAUAGAUUUAUCCAAUGUAGUGGUACAAAAGUUUCAGUCAGAAAUUGAAGUUGUUGCUGAAAAGCUCAAGGUUAGCUCUGAAGUUGAAGAAACCUACGCACAACAGCAGAGAGAUCUUUUAUCUGAUCUUGACCAUUUUGAAGCUGAGCUGCAAGAGCUUACUUCUAAGAACUGGGAGAUUGCUGAAGAAAUCUUGGUGUUAAAGUCAGUCAGUGAAGAACUUGGAAGUAGUAAGUUGAAAGUGGCUGAACUUAUGGAAGAAAACAAAGUGUUGGUGCAAUGUUUACAGGAUAAAUAUGAGGAAUCAUCCGAACUUGCUUUAGAGAUUAAUGGUUUGAAAGAAAGUUUGCAUUCUUUGCAUGAUGAGCUGCAAGCUGAAAGAAGCUCCAAAGAAAAAUUGGAGAGUAUGGUUACAGAUCUUACUUCCCAAAUGAAUGAGAAGUUCCAUCAGUUGUUUCGCUUUCAUCAGCAGAAAUCUGAACUGGUCCAUCUCAGGCAAAUGUUAUCAGAUCUAGAAUAUGAGAAAUCUAGAGUUUGCAGUCUUUUGCAACAGUGUGAGGAAUGCCUCAACAAUGCUCGUGAAGAAUCUUCAACUAUUACUUUUCUGGAAUCUCAGUUGUCCAUAGCUGCGGACGUUAGCCUCAUUUUCUUAAGAACUCAGUAUGAAACAUGGACCACUGACCUUGUUUGUCAACUUUCCAUUUAUAAAAAGCAACUUGUAGAUCUUCAAAAGAAGCAUCUUGAUGUUGAGGGCGCGCUCAAUGGUUGUCUUGCUCGUGAAGCACAUUACAUUGAAGAAAAUGGAAGAUUAUCAGUGAUUCUUGAUACCCUGAGGUCCGAUUUAGAAGCUGCAAUGGGUGAAAAUGGGUUACUUCUCACUAAAAGUAGCUCUGUAUUAGCUCAGCUUGAGGACUACAAAACGAGGCUAGAAAAAACUGAGUUUGAUUACUGUGAGGAUAAAAAUCAGCUUGCUCUUGAAGUCAAAAGGCUGAAGCAACUACUAUCCAGUUCCCAAGAAGAGAUUGUUAAUCUGAUGAUAACUAAGGAAGAACUGGAACUUAAUGUCUUAGUACUAAAUGCUAAACUGGAUGAACAGAGCACUCAGAUAAACUUACUGGAAGGGCAUAAGGAUGAAGUGCUGCUACUGCAGAAUCAGUGUAAUGAACUUUGUCAAAGGCUUUCUAAACAGAUUUUGAAGACUGAAGAGUUCAAAAACUUUUCCAUUCAUUUGAAGGAGCUCAAAGAUAAGGCAAAUGCGGACUCCACCCAGGUUCGAGAGAAGAGGGAAUCUGAAGCACCACCAACUGCUAUGCAAGAGUCCUUAAGAAUUGCAUUCAUCAAAGAGAAGUAUGAAACAAGGUUGCAGGAACUAAAGCACCAGUUGGCUGUCUCCAAAAAGCAUAGGGAGGAAAUGCUAUGGAAAUUACAAGAUGCCAUUGAUGAUAUUGACAAUAGAAAGAAAUCUGAAGCUUCUUAUAUAAAGAUAAAUGCAGAGCUGGGAAUUAAGAUCUUGGAAUUGGAGGCCGAGUUACAAUCAUUGAUUUCAGACAAGCGUGAAAAAAUGAGGGCUUAUGACCUGAUGAAGGCUGAAUUGGAUUGCUCAAUGAUAAGCCUUGAGUGCUGUAAGGAAGAAAAACAGAAACUUGAAGCUUCUUUGCUAGAACGCAAUGAAGAAAAAUCAAAAAUCUUGAUUGAACUUGGCAUUCUAAAAGAACUGCUUGAGACCUCCACAUCAACUAUGAAUGUUCAGAUGGAAAGAAAUGACAAACUAAAAGAUGGUUGUGUUUCUGAUAACCUGGUCAUCGAUAAUGCUCCAGCUAGGGACAUAGAUCAUAAAUAUCUGGACCAAUAUACCUCAGCAAAUUCCAAAGAAGCAGGACGUCCAUGUUUUGUUCUCAUUAACGAAGGUGACUGUGCAAGUGUGCUCACCAAUUUGCAACCUGAGCAGCUGGAAAGGAUGAAAAAUGAGAAUAUGGUUCUUUCAGAAGAUGUUCAUCAUUCCAAUCCCAAGUUUCAAGGCUUAGAGCUAAAGCUCAUGCAGUUACAUAAGGUGAAUGAAGAACUGGGAAACAUAUUCCCUUUCUUUAAUGAAUAUUCAGAAAGUGGAAAUGCAUUAGAAAGGGUACUUGCAUUGGAGCUCGAGCUUGUCGAGGCAUUGCAAACUAAAAAGAAAUCAAGCAAUCUCUUUCAGAGCUCUUCCUUGAAACAGCACAAUGAUGAGGAAGAAGUGAUCAAAAGUUUCAGGGACAUCAAUGAACUAAUCAAGGAGAUGUUGGAGAUGAAUGGAAGAUAUGGUUGUAGAAGGAGUUGUAAGUGA